AAAAUUGUCUUUGAUUUUCAAGAGAUAAGGAACACAAAAACCUUCAAGGAUUGAUUCCUGAUUUUUUUAUUCUCUUAAAUUUGGGUUGGCAAAAAACAUGAGAUUGAUUCACUUUCUAAUUUGAUUCAUCUUCUUUGACUAAAAUCAUGGCAAAAGAAAGAAAAUUAUCAGAGGUGGACUUAUUCUGUGGAUUCACUGUUCACUUUCUCUUUGAAGAACAAAGUUGUAGAUGUAGUUUUUAUUUUCUUUCUGAGAAUAAUUUUUUUUCUUGGGCUGGGAAAAUUUCAGGGAGAUCUUCUUCGUCUCUUUACUUUCGUUUCUUUCUCCUACUUUUUUUUUCUUCACUAGGCAUCUUGCGAACUACGCAAGUUUUUGCUAGUUUACUACUACUAUUUUGAUUUUGUUACCUUUUUUUUUUCUUUUGACAUUUUGAUCGAAAGCUUUUUUUUUUCCUUCUCCAGAUUAACGCUCUCCUCCAUUUUCUUUUUCAUUUUUGUAACAAAUUUUUAAUGUUGUUAUAUCGUCAAACGCAAACUAUUUUCUGGUAAAUUCUCUUGAUGUUCUUCGUCAAGUUCUGAGAAAAAUUUCUCGGUUGUUUGUGGUUUUUGUUUCAGUGUGAUUUUUUUAUUUCUCUGUUCAAUCGAUGCCCCUUUACAUCGUUUCUUUAGAGUCAAUUCUGAAGUUUUCUUUAAAUGUUUUUGAAUUUUCCCUUGUCUGUGGUUAAAUGGUGUAUUUUAGGGUCACAAGCAAUGGCUAGCAGAGGUUCAGUUUCUAGGGGUAGUGAAUCAUCAGAACGUUGUGAAACUCAUCAGAGGACGGCGAGACUGGGAUCUAGAGGCUUUUGGUUUAUGAGUACAUGUCGAAUAAAAGUUUAGAGGACCAUCUUUUCACCCGUGGAUCACGCACAUUACCAUGGAGGACCAUCUUUGCAACUUCGUGGGGCUCUUAAGCUCCUCUACAUCUCUCAAAGUGAGUCUAUCCCAGCUCUUGAAAAAUAUUGUCCUUAGGAGUUACAACCCAACAAAUUUGAGAGAAAGAGACAGAGAGAGAUCGUUCUAGUGGCGACAAGAGAGCAACAUGAUGAUGGUUCGAAAUUACUACUCAACCGAAUCGUUGAAGCAUUGUAAUGGCGACGAGAGAGCAAACAAGUCAGAGAGAGGUCUGUUUCUUUUUGAUUCUGUGGAACAGGUGGGCUUUGAUUGAUUUAUUUGACUCUCUCUCUCUCUCUCUCGUUGNAUUGAUUCAGAACACAAUCGUCACCAACGUGCUUGCUUAAGGUCAAGGAGAUCAUCAUUGAAGGUAGAGAGCAUAAACAACUAAUUCCAUAAACGACACCAUUCUAUGAUCCAACUUCCACGAUGCAGAAGAAGAAGAACACCUCCAGGGACCUGCGACGAAGUGGAGUUUAUAAUGAUGCUGGUUGUUCCUGUUCUCGUCCAAGAAAUCGAAAAGCAAUAUGAGAAGCUUGACAAGCAUCUCAAGAAGCUUCAAGGGGCACACGAAGAGACGAAAGGCGUCACUAAGGCUCCUACUAUGAAAUCAAUCAAACAGAGGAUGGAGAGAGAUGUUGAUGAAGUGGGAAGAAUUUCUCGUUUCAUUAAAGGAAAGAUCGAAGAACUGGAUCAAGAGAAUCUGGAGAACCGUACUAAACCGAGUUGUGGGAAAGGAACAGGUAUAGACAGAACAAGAACAGCCACAACUAUUGCGGUGAAGAAGAAAUUUAAGGAAAAUAUAUCUGAAUUCCAAACUCUUAGACAGAACAUUCAACACGAAUACAGAGAAGUUGUAGAGAGGCGUGUGUUCACAGUGACUGGUCAACGAGCUGAUGAAGAGAUAGUUGAUAGAUUGAUCGAAACUGGAGACAGUGAGCAGAUAUUCCAGAAAACGAUCAGGGAGCAAGGACGAGGACAAAUAAUGGAUACGCUGGCCGAGAUUCAGGAACGCUAUCUCUGUUCUCAAACCAUGGACAUCAUUAUUCUUCUUAUCAUCAUUAUCAUUACUGUUAUCUCUGUUCUCAAACCAUGGACACAGAAAAAUGGUGGUGCCUAAGGUUCUCUUCUCUCUCCCUGCUUCAGGAGCUUCUGUAUACAACAAUAUAUAUGCAUAUGUGUAUUCAUCACAUCUCAUACUAUUGACCUUCCACUAUCACUACGAAAAUGAUGUAUUCUUUUGACCGGAUUAAUGAAUUAACUAUUUUCAGUGAA